CUAAUAGACUAUAUUAUGAAAAUUUGUGACAUAUUUUCUUACGGAAAUGAACCCGAUCAACCUGUAGUCCAUAAAAACAAAGAUAAAAUAAAUGUAUCGUUCAAUAUUAAUAUUCUUGUUAUUUUCUGUCGUGCUAUGUAAAAAAUCCAAGGAAGGAGAAAAGCCCGAGUGGGCAAAAAAGGAUAUUCGGGAUUUUGAUGAUGCUGAUAUGGAACGUUUAUUUGAUCAAUGGGAAGAGGAUGAAGAACCAUUGCAAUCAGACGAGCUGCCGGAACACUUAAGACCUCCGCCAAAAAUAGAUUUAUCUAAUAUCGAUACUUCAAAUCCUGAAAAUCUUCUAAAAAUAUCAAAAAAAGGGAAAACUUUAAUGACUUUCAUCAAUGUAUCCACUGAUAAAACGAAAGAGGAAGCUGAGGAGUUAACAAAAUUAUGGCAAACAGGGUUAUGGAAUAAUCAUAUACAAGCUGAAAGAUAUAUGGUCGAUUCACAUCGAGCAAUAUUUUUGUUCAAAGACGGAGCUCAGGCUUGGGAAUCAAAGACAUUUUUAUUGCAGCAAGAAUUUUUAGAAAGUAUGACUAUAGAAAAUAAAGUAUAUGAAAGCGAAAAAAAACAUGUAAUAGAUGAAUUAUGAAAAGAAUUUAUUUGAUUUUUAUUGGUGAACGUAAUGUAAAUUAAGUUAAUUUGCAUAAACAUCAUUGAUACAUGCAGAUUUAUGCUAUUGAAAUUUUAUAAGGCAAAGUGUUUCUAUAUACAUAGUUCGUUAAGCUAAAAUCGAAUUUAAAAUGUUACUGAAAGAAAU